GUGGUGGGCGUGUCUUAAACAGUGGGGUUUCAUUCAUAAAUACUUUUAGCUUUUAAAAAAAUCCACAUUAAAGUGUUUCCACAGAAGAGUUUCAUGUUUGCGGCUUUGCCCCUCCGAAACCCUGCAUGGACCAGGCUAGUUGAGUAGGGGGACUCUCUAGUUGGCCUGGACCAUGAGCAAUGAGUCUACCUUCUGGAACAUCCUACCAGAAAACUCCACAGAGAUCCCAUUCGAGGUCAAGGAGCAGCAAGAUGGCUACGUGCUCCUCUUGGUGAUCCUCUCCAUCUUCCUGGUAGGAACGUUGAUCUUCGUCGCCGUCUUCCUCAUCGCCUGCCGUCGAGGAGGGAAACUCUGUGCCAGGCCCAGCGAUGACCCCGAAAAAACCAACACCACCUACAUGGAGGAGACUCAGCCCACCCAUGAAAUCACCAUCAGGGUGGAUGAGUCAGAGUGCCUGUCAAUGGCCAGCUCUCACGACCAAGAGACUGAGCGCUUCCUCUCCACGGGCACCACAGGUCGUCGUGUCUCCUUCAAUGAGGCUGCGCUCUUCGAUCAUGGCAAGAAGGCCCAGGAGAAGGGCCGCAGGUACACUCUGACCGAGGGCGACUUUCACCACCUGAAGAACGCCCGGCUCACACACCUCCACAUCCCUCCCCCGGCUCUCAAGAUAGUCACGAUCCACGAGUGCGACUCGGCUGAGAACAGCAUCACCAUGACAACGCGCCCUGUCGCCAAGUCAGCACUUUCCAUCUUCCAGCCGAUGCUGUGCCCCCUACCACAAACAGCAUUGACCAGUUUAAGUGUCAAUCCCAGCUGUGCCCUCCCUGGAGAUGCUCUGAACUCUGUGGUGGACACCAGCUUCACCGAGAGCACUAUUGCUCUCAGCCCUAAAGAGCUGAGCUCUAUCGAGAUGAUGGGAGCUGGGCCCCGGGGCAGAGGCAGUAGUGUCAGUGUUGGAGAAGGGGCUGCGGUGGGGAGCGGUGCCCCUCCUGCUGGCAGCAGUGCAGGAAGUCAGGGGCCAAUGCUGCAGUUCUUCACUAAACUGCGGCGCCAUGCUAGUCUGGAGGGGGCCAGCCCGUACUUCAAGAUCAAAAAAUGGAAGCUGGACAGCAGCCAGAGAGCCUCGAGUCUGGACACCAGAGGCUCUCCAAAGAGGAGACAGUUUCAGCGCCAGCGAGCCGCCAGCGAAAGCAUGGACCAGGACGACAACGACGCGCACCACAUAGACCUCAUCCAGUACAUCGCCCGCACCCAGGACGUCACCUACCGUCCCAGCCAGCCCACUACGCGCCUCCUCUCACCUCCUUCCACACCACCCCCCUCCCUCGGCAGAUGUUUGUUGUUGAACAUAAACAGAACUUCCUGGAAGCUGCCGGUAGAGGUAGAGGUGAUGGUGGAGCCCAGCUGCAGCCAUGGAGGACCAGGGGUGAUUGGCCUAUCCCCUGAUCCCCAAGAUGAAGCACUGUCCCUGGCAAGAAGGGAAGGUGCAGACCCUUUGGACCCCUUAGAUCCCCAGGACCCCCAGUCACUUUACAAAGACAUCUGGACCCUACGUGCGACACUUGAACAGUAUGCGGCCUCUGACCAGAGCAGCAACAACGACAGGAACUCUGUCUGCAGCGAUGCUGACAGUGUGUGUUCGCUGGGCGGACGCACAGAAGCAGAAAGAGGAGGGCUGCCCAGCUACCCGUCCCAAGAUUUAGGGGAUGAGGCAGAAGGUGGGGAGGAUGACAAGGACAUUUUGAUGUAUACGGAUGAGAGGUUGGGUGAGAAGGAGGGGAAAAAAAGGAAACAGAAAAGCACAGAAUCAGAGCGAGGGGGCAGUGACGGAGAAACAGGGACUCGUAAAUUGCUGCAGAUGGACAGCGGCUAUGCGUCAAUAGAGGCUCCAUCUCGUGGUCCAGAAGACCUGCGUCUGUUUGGGAGCAUCAACAGCAGCCCUAAAGACAGAACGGCCCACGAGAAAAGGCACCACUUUACCAACGCAGGGCGAACUGGCACUAUCGGUGAGAGCUUUGAGUCUCAUCUCUUGGAGGAGGAGCUGGAGGAUGAGAUGUUGUUGGGUGCCAGCAGAGGAGUUUCCAUAGAAACAGGUGCUGGUUCACUGAGUUGGUUCCCAUAUGGUCAGAUGCUCACACCUCGAGAGGCUGCACAGCCUUCACCUCAUCCACCAACAUUGCACCGGCGAGACUACAGCAUCGAUGAGAAGACGGAUGCCCUCUUCCACGAGUUUCUCCGCCACGACCCUCAGUUUGACCAGCAGGAAUCGCCACUAAGGAAGCACCGGUCCCGAAUCCACCUCCGUAAGCAGUGGCAGCGCCACAAGCAGUGGAGUGACCCUGGUGUCAGACACUUCCAAUCCUCUUUUGACAGACAGCGGACUCCUCUACGGAGGGGUGUCAGCGUGAACUACCCAUUGGACACGAGUUACCACAGCACGCUACCCCGAAUUGUCAGCGCUCCUGACGAGGAGGCCAGCGACGGGACCGGCAGCACUCCAGACACUCCAAAGGUAGAGCUCCUGACUACUGAGAAUGGGGACAAGGACAGGGACCCUAAGGACCAGACUUCUUCUUCUUCUACACCACCUCUUCAUUCCUCUGUCUCAGAAAAAGAUGGAGGGCUGGGUGAGCACCAUGACCCUCAGGAGGACAGCAAACAAUCCGGACUUCCUCUCGAGCCCCCAGACGAACACUCACCCCCUCAGCUGCCCGACUCCUUGGGCUACGGCCCGCAGACCAUCACAGCAGAGCUCACAGACAAACUGACUGCUAACCUGGAUGACAGGCUGUACAUGGGCCUUCGCAGGACCAAGGACACAGCCACUGAGUGUGUGACGGUGACAGCCACACAUGCUUCUCCAGACCACAGCCCAGUGUAGCAGGGCUCCAGUUGUCCUCCUUGUCAACCUCACUCCUGCUGAUAACUCCCUUUUCUUUCUGUUUUGAUUUGUCUCGCCUCGGUUUAAAUGUCUCUCUGUAUACAGCUUGAAUGGUGUGAUCCAGACCCAUUGACACACACUGAAAAACUUCUUCCCAGACCAUCAUCGUAGAUACAGUUGAUCCAUUAGAAAACGCAGCUAGUCUCUCGUCAUGCCUGUUAUCAUUACAACGCUGUUCUGUGUUACCAUUUUACAAUUCACACACACAAGUCAAAAUAAUAACAGAGCUAACAUAUCAAAAAUCAUACAGUUUCAUUAAGAACUGUUUCCUCAUUAUUUGUUUCUGUGUGCCUGUCUCUCCUGUCUCUGCUCUCCAGUAUGAAUAAGUAAAAGCUGAGGGUCGGUGUGGCCUCUGUACUUAUAGAUCCACUGUGAAACCAGGUGCUAUUAGACAAGUAGAAAGCUACAGAUUUUGCAUUAGUGGAAAUAAGUUUCAAAAAAAUAGAUUUUAUAGAUCUAUAAAAGCUGUAUGAGGCAUACUUUAGUUGUUCACACUGGUUGCUUUGAUCAGUAGUUCCCAACCUACCGGAGUCCCAAGAGAAGUUUGGGAUGAUUAAAGUAUUACAAAAGAAUUUAUUUGACACAAAAUUCUGUUUAUUUUUUAUUUUGUUUGGCCACUAAUGUAACGAGGUAGCUAGCUAUAUAGAAAGAGAAUGUCCCCAUUCUCCAAACUUGGAAAAAUAGCCGCCAAGUCGUAAGGGGUACACGUAGGUACGCGAUUUUUUUUUAAGGGGACACAAGUCAAAAAGGUUGGGAACGACUGGUUUAGAUGGAAUAACAUGAAUAACAAAGGUCAGAAAAGUUCUUUUGAAAAGGAAGCUACCCUCAUUGUCCUACUGGUCAUGGUUUGUUGUUUUUGACUGAAAAUGCUUCUCCGCUCUGUGACAACUGUGUUGUUUAUUUUUUAUCUUAUUUUUUUUUAUGUGCUGUAAUAUAUUUUUGUACGUCCGCAUUGCUUCGGUGAAAAAAACCGACAGCGUGGCAGGUUUGAAGAGGACGGCUUCCGUAUCAACAGAGACACACAGCCACUAGCACUUUGGUAUGAUUACUCUUUGUCAUUCACAGACACGGCAGCAAAUUUACAACUACUCAAGCGAUGACUCUUAGCGCUCACACUGGCCGUUGCUGACACGACCUCUGUCCUAACGGGGAGAACAAACUCAGUCUUGUGCACAGGUUUACAGCCAUGAGGUGGGUAAUUACAUUAAUGCCAUUAGAUGGCCAAGAUGGCUGCCCUCACAGAUGUUUGGUGUUUAUCGAAUUUAUAAGAAAGGCAUGCUUUCUUGUGCAUGGGGCUCACAGAACAGGCUUUACUUGUCCGCAACUGACAUUCUUGUUUUCCCCCUCCUCUUCCUUUUCUUUUCCUGAGAAAGUUGACAGUGCAGUAGAUGCCUCCCUCAAGGGGGGGACGGGGGGACGAGGACUUCACUUCCUGCCAGCUUAUGAAACCAAACCGAACAAAGAUUUUGUUUGUAGUAAAAUCGACUUUAAUUGUUCUUCCUCUUUGAGAUUCAUACAAACCUGAUACUGCCAUUCGAAUCAAACCCAAAUCAAACAGCAGAUUAUGUCUUGUGGGUAAAGAAUGUACUGUAUGUAAUGGCCAGAGUUCAGCUGAACAUUCAUUUGUGCUCAUACGAUCUCUGCUUUUACAUUCGGAGCACUCGCAGCAGGUUGAUUGUAACCCAGUUUCGCUCGUAAAACCUUAUUCUCAGAGGGGCUGUUGGGCUUUCCGACUCUCCCACGUGCAGUGAGGGGAGCCACUGCGGAAGACGGUGUUGAAUAUUAAUCAUAACAAGAGAAGGUUUUUCCCGCCUUUCAUCCUCCCCUCCUCCGUCUCCCUUUUUCCCUCAUUCUUUGAGGCUGUUACCGUGCAGUAAAUUGAAAGGACUGAAUAGGAAAUCAGGGGUAAAAAAAAAAAAAAAAACCCACAUCACCCUCUCUUUGUUUGGGUGUAAUGAUGAUGCUCCUUUGCAGCCUUGCCCAGAUUCGAUCUUUUUCUGCUGCGUGACAGGAGUCUCCUUUUGUGGCUAAGUGGACUCUGAAGCAGGAGCCGCGUUCCUCAUUAGGAGAGCAAUGGCUGAGAUGAACUCAUAAGGAGUAGAGAGGGUUGUGAUUUUUUCUUUUUUUUUCUUGCUUUCUCUCUCUCUUUUCUCUUUCAUGUAAGCCCCCCUCACACACACACACACACACACACACAAUGAACCAUUAUGUCGCUAUGAAUAAACAUAAUGUGAUCUGGCACAGCUCUAAUCAGCAGAAAGGAAAUAAAAUCACCAUCUCAGUUAUGAUGGAACUGAUGCAUCCCUGAUGACAGUAAUUACUCUCUAUGUCUGACAGGUCUGGAGGAAGGGGAAGACCGCUGCAUUUCUCCCAGAUCAAAACGCUAAAAAAUGUCUCAGAGCUGAGUCACUACAAGAUGAUGACUGCAACACUCUGAUGAAAAAUGGCCAUAAAUGGUUGAUUCUGAAUCCGUACAUUUGUACAAAGAUUAGACUUUACUGUGUAAUCAAGCACAAUGUCACAGGAGCUAGACUAAAUCGAUGUCCUUUACUAGGUUUAGACAGAUACUGUAUUGCUGGGGACACUGUGUGUUUGUAUACUAACCAGUAGCCUGUCAAAUGCAUUGAUGCAUAGCUGUGUGUAGGUCUGCAUGAGAGUCGACAUUUUAGGACAAAUCUUGUUUGUUUUCUCAGACUUGCGGUACAAAAUGAUCAUAGUUAUUAUCGAUGCUCAUUCGUUUAAGGCAGAAGUCGAAACAUUGGUAUGACUAGAGAUUUUGUAUUUUAUGGGAUCCACUUUUAAAGAGUCAUGCUAGGAUGCUGUAACUGAUGAGAUUUUGUGAGAUUUAUCUCUAUGAAAGUAUUUCUGUAUUCCUUGCUUGUUAGUAAACUGCUUUAUCAAAGAAAAAAAAAAGAAAAAGAAAAAAAAAGUCGAGCUUUCUUAACAACUUUGCUUUUGUUGAUCCAAAUCUAUUGAGCCUUGAGGGACCAAACCAUUAAAAAAAAGUGUUAUUUUAGGGUUGUUUUCCAAUCUGUGAAUAAAUGAA